UACAUUUAUUCUCAAGAGAUCCUCAAUCGCUACAAAUGUCAUCCGUUAAUAGCCUCCCACCGCUACCCAGCAACGUACCUUGCCCACCAAUACCAGGCCCCUACAACUACUCCGUCGGGCUUGUUUUGCGUGAAAAAGAUACACGGAAAAGACCCAAUCGUCUGCAUCUGCAAAGGUAAUUAACGGGCUUGAAAGUGAAACAAACCCUUCGCAGUCGCGUUCAGCUUGUUCUUCUAUUGAAAGUGGCCCGAGGAAGAUAGUGUUGAUUGGUUGAAAGUGAUCAUAGCAAAGUGCGUUUUGUGUAUCGUUGUCGAAGAGAAUAUUGAAAAGAAAUGCGAAGUAAAUACGGCCCAUUUUGCUGCAAUACGUAGAAAGAAGAAAAGUGCAUCCCAGUGCGUAGUGCGUAGUGCUUUCGUGUGGCAACAGUUUCCCAUUCCUGGGCCAAAUCACGGAAUCCCACUUCCUCUUAUCAGAGUAGAUAAAAAAGGAAGCUUUUACAAGAGGGAAAAGAUUGGUGCCCCGUGAGUAUUUGUGCGCGGCAGUGAAAGCUCGCAGCGAGAGAAAAAGGUAGAAAAUGUAGUGUUCGCAAGCAAAUCCGGAUCCGGUAGCAGAGCAAAUAAGCAAUCUGAUAGGUUAGCAGGGGGUUUCCUUUUGGCUGCAGAAAAACAACACCCGCAGCUAGACAGAAAUAACACCCCCGCGGUUCAGGGGGUGGUGGCGAAAAAAAACAAACCACCCUCACCACCCGCUCCCACCCAUCGCUCAAUGUAUCGGUCGUGGCAAACACGUAACCGCCGCAAGUGUAGACAGAUGGGGUGCCGCGGUGGAUUGUGCUAGAAAAUUGGUUUACCCGUCUGCGCGUACCAGCUUCGCCGGAGAAGAUGAGAAUCCGGCUGGUUAGGCUGCUAACCGAUGGGGUAUUUUCGCUGGCAUUUCUGAUGCUUCUGCUGCUGCUGCUGCUGCUGACGGCCACAACGACCAUCUGUACCAUAGUGUCAGCUAGUGUUAAUAAUAGCUCCACCAUUAAUCAAUCGUUCGCGCCGGAACGCGCCGGGCGCGGUACGUUAAGCUACAAUAGUUCCGAUCCGGUUCUUGGCGGUGGAUCGUGGACAGACGCUGGCAACCGGUCGUCGUCCACGUUCGAGCAGCCCGCAAAACCAUGCUGUGAUAGUAAUAGCACCGACCGGGCAUCCAGUCCAUCCGCCCGGACGCACCGUGUAGUGAUAGAAUUUUCCACCAAAAUCGUCCAGAAUGAGUACAUCGUGCAGUUCAACGGUUACUACAAACCGAAGGAGCGGGAGGGCUUUAUCCAAACCGCCCUGAACGGAUCGAAGGUACAGAAAUGGCGCAUCUUGCCACGCAACAAUCCGGCCCAAGAUUUCCCAAGCGAUUUCGACGUCCUGACGCUCGAGGAAGCGGUUGAAUUCGCGGACGAUGGACUGGCGUUGCUUCGUACGCAUCCCUCGAUUAAAAGCAUAUCACCGCAGCGCAUGGUCCACCGUGCGCUAAAGUACGUGCCGCUGCGACAAUCCGAACUCGAUUCCGCAAAUGAAGCCACCGAUGAAGAUGAAGACGGCGAGCAGGAGCCAGAACUACCAGAGCCGGAAAUCGAUCUGGACGACACGGAAACGAACGAUUUUAUCGAGUUCAUUCAAAAGCGUCGCUUAGCAACGGAAGAUUCGUCUCCAUCGCAACCAGCAGCAGCAGCAGCAACAGCACAACCACCACCACCCCCACCACCACCUCAAUCACCUAGCCGUCAUUCGAAUCGACGCCUGCUGCGUGCAAUUCCACGGCAAAUAACGGCCCUACUAAAAGCGGACGUCCUGUGGGGUAUGGGAAUCACCGGGCAGGGCGUUAAGGUGGCCGUAUUUGAUACCGGGCUUGCUAAAUCGCAUCCUCACUUCAAACGCAUCAAGGAGCGCACGAACUGGACGAACGAAAAAACGCUGGACGAUGGUGUGAGCCACGGUACGUUUGUGGCCGGCAUUAUUGCGUCGUCGAAGGAAUGUCUCGGGUUUGCACCGGAUGCGGAGUUGCACAUUUUUCGCGUCUUUACCAACAACCAGGUGUCGUACACAUCGUGGUUCCUGGAUGCGUUUAACUAUGCGAUACUGAAGAAGAUUAACGUGCUGAACCUGAGCAUCGGCGGACCGGAUUUUCUCGACCAACCGUUCGUGGACAAGGUGCUGGAGCUGUCGGCGAAUAAGGUGAUUAUGGUGUCGGCGAUCGGGAACGAUGGGCCACUGUACGGGACGCUCAACAAUCCGGGCGACCAGAUGGAUGUGAUCGGCGUCGGCGGGAUGGAUUAUGCGGACAAUAUAGCAAAGUUUAGCUCGCGCGGUAUGACCACGUGGGAGUUGCCGUACGGGUACGGGCGCCUAAAGCCGGACAUUGUGACGUACGGCAGUCAGGUGAAGGGGAGCAAUCUGAACGGAGGCUGUAAAUCACUUUCCGGCACGUCGGUGGCAUCGCCUAUGGUGGCCGGGGCGGUAACACUUAUCGCGAGCGGUGUGCUUGAUCGACCGGAAGUCGAUCUGAAUCCUGCCUCGAUGAAGCAGGCCCUCAUAGAAGGUGCGCAACGGUUGACGGAUAACAACAUGUUCGAGCAAGGGCACGGCAAGUUGAACAUUCUGAGAAGCAUGAAAGCGUUGGCAGCGUACCGGCCGAGGGUAACGCUUUCUCCAGCGUAUCUCGAUUUCACGGAGGAUUACAUGUGGCCGUACACAACGCAAAGCUUGUACUACAGCUCGAUGCCGGUCAUAGCGAACGUUACCAUUCUGAACGGGAUGGGUGUGAUCGGGCGCGUGAUCAACAGACCCACGUGGCAUCCGUACAGCAACGAACACGGCGAGCUGCUGAACGUUUCGAUUAGCUACUCGGAGCAGCUGUGGCCCUGGUCCGGUUGGAUGGCGGUACAUAUCGGUGUGAAUGAGGCUGGUCGUGGAUUCGAGGGCAUUGCCCAGGGUCACAUAACGCUUACGGUUCAAAGCCCUGCCGAGGGUGAAAACGAGCGGGAGCCACGUAACGGGACGGUCAGUUUCGCCAUCAAGGUGCGCAUCAUCCCGCAACCACCAAGACAGAAGCGUAUCCUUUGGGAUCAGUAUCACAGCCUUCGCUAUCCACCCGGGUAUCUGCCACGGGAUAAUCUUAAGAUCAAGUCCGACCCGCUAGACUGGCGAGCCGAUCACGUCCAUACCAACUUUAAGGACAUGUACACCCACCUGCGCAAUGCGGGCUAUUACGUGGAAGUCCUCGGCGCGCCCUACACCUGCUUCAACGCGUCCCAUUACGGCACACUGCUCGUCGUUGAUCCGGAGGAAGAAUUCUUCCCGGCGGAAAUCGCCAAACUGCGCGAGGACGUACUGGACCGGCAGCUGAGCGUGAUCGUGUUCGCCGACUGGUACAACACGUCCGUGAUGCGGCGAAUAAAAUUCUACGACGAAAACACCCGCCAAUGGUGGAUGCCGGACACGGGCGGAGCAAACGUGCCCGCGCUGAACGAUCUGCUGCGCGAGUUUGGAAUAGCCCUGGGCGACCGAGUUGCCGAUGGGUAUUUUGACAUGCGUGAUCAUCGAAUGUACUAUGCUUCCGGGGCGAACAUCGUUCGCUUUCCGGUCGGCGAAGGUACGAUCUUGAUCGAGCGGGAUCUGCUGGACGAAGGGCUCGCCAUAACGCAACCGGAUGAGUCGCGCUCGAAGGUACGGUCACGGACGGCAAUUUUAGGAAUGCUGCAGACGGACCGAAGGAUGUACGCAAGGUUGCAGCCGGCCACACCGAACCCGGAAGGUCCGCCCCUAGCUCCGCCGGAUGAAACGCUGGAAGAUUUGGAGCAGGAAAACGGCAAAAUCGACCGUGGGGCAAUCAUUAACAAGCGGAUCCUGCUAAGCGCCGCCGGGGGAGCGGACGUGGACGAGGACGAGGAGGUCCCGAACGAUGGUGGGGAGUUUAAUCGGGAUGAGGCAGCGAAUCGGAUCGACGCUGGGGAGGAACCACUGCCGGACGAUGAUCGCGAGGCGGACGACAUUGGGCAGCUGUUGCGUGAGCGAACGAAAGCGGCAGCACACAAGCAGCAGCAGCAGCAGCAGCAGCACAACUCCACCACGGCCCGGACGGCUAAUCGUCCCGAACUGACGGCCGGCGGAAGGAUCGCUCUGUACGGCGAUUCGAACUGUCUCGAUUCGACGCACCUGGAGAAGCCGUGCUUUUGGCUGUUGGAUUCAUUGCUGGAGUACACCAUGACCGCGCACGUGACGAGCCUGCUGCGAGAUCUUAACGUUACCCGGCAGACGGAACAAAUUGAAGAAAACGUGAAGCUACCUCAGCGAAUGCCGAACAACAAUCUGCACCUGUACUCGAAGGUCCUCGUACCGCACACCGGUGUGAAGCGACCGCUGCCCGCCUGCCAGCGGCUGGAAUGGGAGUAUCCGGUGACGCUAAACAUGUCCACACUAAACUUCGGCACCGGUCCCAACGAUCGUUUAAUCAUCCAGGAACAGCAGCAGCAGCAGCAACAGCAGCAGCAGCAGCUGCUGGUGGUCCAGCAGCGACAGCUCAAACAGGGACCACCCCAGCCGAUGUUGCCGCUCGUGGGCAACGAGCUCGUCUACAGCAGUCGCGGCCGUCGGUUGGAGAGUCAAAAGGGAAGCUCCGUACUGGGCGCUAACGACGAACCGGACGUACCCGGCUGGCGCAACAAGAAAACGGACAAAAUUCCCCCGAAUGCACCGCCGAACGUAUUUAAUGGCCCGUCCGGUGCAUCACCCACCGCCGGCACACCGAUGGCCGUCGGAGUGAAGAUUGUUCCGCUCGCCGGAGGCGGUGCCACCGGGGCCAGCGACUAUUACGCGGAAAAUCGUGGCAGUAAUCGGAAUGCGGGUCAAGGUCAAGGCACCGGCGGUGGGACUGUGGUUAGUGCGGGCCCCUUCCACUGGCUAACCGGAUCGAAGAGUGCGCUAAUGGUGGCGUUGCUUGUACUGCUGGCGCUGCUAAACUGGGUGCGCAAAACGAAGGGACUUACGAUCAAGCGACGGCUUAACUAUGUUUUCAAGAAGGUUGGCUUCUAAAGGAGCCAGAUGGAGCGAACCGUGUGUGUUUUUGUGUGCGGCUAUACCAAAACGAUGGAAUCGAUAGACACUAAGGCAUAAGGACUCGUUAGUCGGUAGAGGAGGAAAACACCGAUUGCGGAUAGGAUGUUGCUCAGAUGGAUAGUGCCUGGUCUGGCCCGCUCAAUGUUGUUUUAUGUUCUUGUUAUACUUUCUAACCUCUGUUUAAGUUCCCGUCAUCCGUCAAACACGUCCUAGCGGGUCCGUAGGCGGGUAAGGUUGUCUGAGAUGUUAUUGUCCGGUUAGCUCAUCGGUUAUAUUUAGUGUAGACGAAACGGUGCUGUUUUCUUUCGGUGUAUAGUCUUAGGUGGUAGGUUGUGUAGGUUUAUUUCUGUUUAGUUUUUGUGCAUGAAAAUGAUCCCCUUUGGUGACGCGCCUACUUCCAACCCGCGAGUAGUGACAAAGUUUUAUAAAAAUAAUUUUAAAACUUUAACAACUUAACCACCAAAUGUUGGGUAGUAGGUGUAAGGUAGCAAACAAAACAACAAAAAAACAGGGGGUGCCCUGUACAGUGUAUUAACGACGAUUAACAUACAUUAUGUCAAUCCGUAUACUCUCGCGCGUUUCCUAAUCCCACUCCCGGCAGGGAGUUGGCGGUUUGGAAAAAACGCGUCCGUGUUCCUGGUGGUGAUGCAUCGGUCGAGGUGAAGACAGUCGGGAAGGAACGCAACAAUAAAGAAGGAAAAUAUUUUUAUAUUUUUAUAAAUGAAAA